AUGUCUCCCAGUGCCCCUCCAAUCCUUGAUUUCUCCGUGUUCUACGGCGGCGAUAGCGCUGCAAAGGCACAGCUUGUCGAUCAGAUCCGCGAAUGCUGUCUGUACAAUGGCUUCUUCCAGAUCACGGGCCACCGCGUAUCGCGCGAGCUCCAGCAGCGCGUCAUGAGCUGCACGAAACGAUUCUUCGAUCUGCCCCUCGAGGAGAAGGUUUUGGUUGACAAGAAUCAUAACACUUGGAACCGUGGCUACGAGUUGCUCCGAUCGCAGAUGCUCGAAGUCGGCACCGGGCCCGAGUUGAAAGAGGGAUACUACGUGGGCGAGGAGAUUCCCGAGGACCACCCCUAUUUCGUGCAGAAGAAGCUGAACAGCGGCCCCAACCAGUGGCCGCCCACGGUCCCCGACAAGGAGGAGUUCGAGCGCACGACCAUGGAAUACUACCACGCGGUGUUCGAUCUGGCCAAGGACGUGCUGGGCGCGUUGGCGCUGACGCUCGAUGUGUCGGAAGACUACUUCGACCCCUUGACCGACGGGGCGGUCGCCACGAUGCGAUACCUGCAUUACCCGGCCCAGCCGAAGGACGCGGACGAGAAGUUGAACCGGGGGAUUGGCGCACACACCGACUUUGGCUGCAUUACAUUACUGCUGCAGGACGAGGUGGACGGGCUGCAAGUUCUGGACGCGCCGACCGGCGAAUGGCUGGAUGUCGAACCCGUGCCCGGCGCCUACGUCGUCAACCUGGGCAACCUGUUCAUGCGCAUGGCCAACGACCGGUACAAAUCCAACAUCCACCGGGUGAUCAACAAGUCUGGGAGAGAGCGCUACAGCAUCCCGUUCUUUUUCAGCGGGAACCCGGAUUACCUGUGCGAGUGUCUGCCUAACUGCCGGCAGCCGGCCGAGGACCCCAAGUACCCGCCGAUCACGGUCGAGGAUAUGGUGACGGCGUCGUACAAGGAAAGCUACGGGCGGGCGGAGAGGUACAAGCAGGAGAUGAAGGCGAAGAUGGAGGUGAUGGCGCCGGUGGCGGCUUUUCUACUGCGUUGUUCUCGCCACACCUCGAGACACCUGCAUCCCAUCCUGCCAAUCAGGUGGAGGAUGGAGUCCCGCCAUGAGAAUGACAACCACAGCCUCGAAGCCGAAACGAAAGGCGUGAUCUUCGACGACCCGGACGUGCAGCAGUUCUACGGCACGUCCACGACGGAAGCAUACCGGCUCAAGUCGGAACUGGUCGGGCGAUGCAUGGAGGAGAUCGGGAUGGGGCGCUUCCAAUGGAAACUCUUCGUGGUCACGGGGUUUGGAUGGAUCGUGGAUAACUUUGCAUCCCAAGGUAUCAGCGCCGUGCAACCGCCCAUCGAACUCGAAUUCCCCGGCAUCGUGCAGGUCAGCUACAGCUCGGUCGCCUACUACAUCGGCCUGAUCCUGGGGGCGUCCUUCUGGGGCAUUUCCAGCGAUCUGAUCGGCCGCAGGCCCGCGUUCAACUGCACGUUGCUCAUUGCCGGGAUUUUCCUCUGCGGUGCAGCGGGGACGAUGAACUUCGUGGGGUUCAGCGCGAUGUGGGCGAUGGUGGGCACGGCGGCCGGGGGGAAUGUGCCGGUGGAUAGUAUGAUCUUUCUGGAGUUUGUGCCGGGGAGUCACCAAUGGCUGCUGACUGCGCUCUCUGCGUGGUGGAAUCUGGGCCAGCUGAUUGUCUCGCUGGUGGCGUGGGUGUUUCUGGCCAACUUCAGCUGUGCGGCGGAUUCGACGCCGGAGACGUGUCGUCGGGGGGAUAAUAUGGGGUGGAGAUACACGCUCAUAACCCUGGGCGGCCUCUCGCUGGCCUUCACCCUCAUCCGCACCUUCGUGUUUACACUCCCCGAGACCCCGCGAUACCUCCUCUCCAAGGGCCGCGACCAAGCCGCCGUGGACGCCGUCAACCACGUCGCGACGGCGAACGGCAAACCGCCGCCGUUGACCCUGAGCAUGCUGCAGGACAUCGACGCCCGACUCGGCAUACCAACCACGACGUCGUCCGCCCUGUCGACGACCGAAAUCCUCCGCGAGAACAUGAAAGACUUCAAGGGGGAACACUACCGCGCUCUCUUCGCCACCAAGUUGCUGAGCAGGCACACCGUGAUCAUCUGGGGAAUCUGGCUGACCAUCGGAAUCGCCUACCCGCUCUAUUUCAACUUCCUCCCCUCCUACCUGGCCACGAAAUUCACCUCCUCGGCCUCGCUAACCACCACCUACCGCAACUACUGCAUCGAAUCCGCCGUCGGCGUCGUCGGCCCCUUGUCCGCGGCAUACCUGGUCACCACGAUCUUCGGCCGCAGAUGGAUGAUGGGCCUCUCGUCCGUCGUCACGGGCGUGUUCCUGUUUGCCUACGUGGGCGUCAGCAACCCCACGUCCUCGUUGGCGUUCGCGUGCGUCACGGGCAUGUUGGGGAAUUUUGAAUACGCAAUCAUGUACGCCUUCACCCCGGAAUCCUUCCCCGCGCCUCACCGCGGCACCGGCACCGGCACGGCGGCGAGCCUGCUGCGCUUCGGCGGCCUGUGCGCCAGUCUCGUCGCCUCGCAGACGGGGUUCACCCCGGCCCCGAUCUAUGCCUCGGCUGCGCUGUGGGUGGUUGUUGGGGUGGUGUGUUGGGGGUUGCCGUUUGAGACGGCGGGGCAUGGCUCGAUUUGA